CUGGCUGAGAAGUGCGCGCAGGAAUCUGCAAGUUCAAUUUUAGUGCCGCCGCUCCACGUUCAGGAAACUUGAAACCAUACCGGAACUGCCACGAUGGACACGGUAAUGGAGCUGAUAAAACCGCCCUACAACUUUGACAACAGUUGCUACUUUGACGAGGAAAAUAAAAUCCGCUUCGAGCCACCGAUAUACGAACAGCGCUAUCUGACCGUGUUGCGACUGCUCGAGCUGGACCUGUGGAAGGAUUCGUUCAAAAAGGUCGUCGAAUUUGGUUGCGCGGAAAUGAAGUUUUUUACACUGCUGAAAACCUUGCAGAGCGUGGAGCAGAUUCUCGAGGUCGACAUCGACGAGGAGCUGAUAUCCAAGUGGGCCUACACGGUUCGCCCACUAAUGGUGGAUUUUAUCCAGCGCCGGCCGAGCAAGUUUGCCGUCGAGGUGUGGCGCGGCAGCAUCGCCAGCUACAACGAGUGCCUCCAGGACACGGACGUGGUCAUCGGGAUCGAGAUCAUCGAGCACCUGUUCCCGCUGGUGCUGGAGGCCAUCCCACACAACAUCUUCGGAUUGAUUCGACCCAAGGUCGCGAUGUUCAGCACGCCCAACUCCGAGUACAACGUGCACUUUGAUGGUCUGCUGGAGACUGGCUUUCGCCACGAGGAUCACAAGUUCGAGUGGACGCGGGCUCAGUUUCGGGAGUGGUGCGAAAACAUUUGCCAGCGCUUUCCGGAGUACGUGGUCAAGUACUUUGGCAUUGGGCCACAGCCGAAGGACUCGCCGGACGUGGGACCCGUCAGCCAGAUGGGAGUGUUUGUGAGGAAGGAUUUCUUGGAGGUGUUGGAAGCGAAACGCGCUGCUCAAGCUGAAGGUGGAGUGGUAACGACGCAAGUCGCGCCCACGGUACAGUCUGAGGAACCACCUGGACCUUCCGGUGAAGGUCAACCAGCCGAGCCAAAGAUCUACUUUGAUGAAGAAGUAGGCGAAAUCGUCAUGGAACGGGACGAAGACCCUGAUGAUUUUGACGCGGCGGUAGCACCAGGAGAAGGUCUUGAAGAGUUCCGUGAUGUCCUAGACGAGGUGGAUUCCAACGGGGACGACAUCGAUCCGAGUGACGACGAAGAUCAACCGCUCGGCCGUGACAUCGAUUACUACGUCCCGGUCGAACGAUCACGGAACGACAGCGGAAACUACGACGAUGAACUGCUCGAUCCCACCAGCGACGAGUACAAGCUGAUCUACAGCGUUGAUUACCCUGUGCAGGAACCCGACCUGCGGCAACGACCGGAACGCCUGCUCGAAGAAGCGGAAUACCAAAUCCGCAGGUUAAGACUCCAGCAGGAAGACUACUACCACUACGAGGAGAACGAAUACCGCAUUCCGCUGCAGCUGGUAGUGUCCUGCAUGAACGUUGAACUGACCACCGAUUUGGACGAGUUGAGGCCGAUUCUGGCGGGGGCUUCGUACCGCAUUUCCGAAGAGAACGUGAUAACGCUGAACGGGGAUGACGAGUCGGUGCUGGGCAGUGAGGAGGACUUUGAGUACGAUUUGGACGAGGAGGAAGUGCCGGCGGAAGGAGAGCAGGGUAAUGCGUGGGAUGGGGCGGAUGGCGGCGGCGGCGGUGGUGGUGGGCCAGGUUCCGAAGGGGAUAGGCUCGAUGAGGAACUGUGGGAUUAGUUGGGGUGUGAA